AUGAAAAAUGAAAUUUCGCAAUUGCAAGAUGUUCUUGACUCGUUCAGUACCACAAAAUUUUACGCGUAUCAGCUUCAUGACCAGUUCUUUCAACAGUUAGUCGCAGAUAGGGUCAUGAAUAAUGGUGGUAGUGGCGAAGAACACGGUGGUGGUCGUGGUGGUUCCUCUUCUUUUGUUCCGAAAGCUUUAGCAAAUCCCAGGCGAUACUAUAAUGAAUUGAGGCAUUUAAAAGAAAAAUGUUCAAAGCUUCGAUUCAACUAUUUUGAACUAACAACGCGUGAGAAGUUUCUCAAAGUAAUACUAGAUGGACAACCGCAAAAAGUUUUGUUUGAUGAUACUAUUGAUGAGAUGUUGACGGACGCACAGAUAGUGCAACAGAUGCUGAUCGAGGAAAAAGAUAUUUUUGAAUUAGAGGAAUACGAUCUAGAAAAGAAAACAAAUCUAAAAAAUCUAAAAAAUUUGUUUCAGCAGAUUGAGAACGAGGCGAUUGAACACGAAUAUGUGUCUGCAAAUGUCGAGGAAAUAAGUAACUUGAUUAAAGAAGUCGAGGAAAUGGAACGCGAAUUUGCAAUUGUUAACCAAUCUGCUAGUAUGGAAAGCAAAUAUACGAUGCAAGAAGCUCAAAUGAUACUAGAGGAACAGACCAUGCAACUACAACGAAUCAACCGCGAGAUAUUGAACUACAAAAAUGACAUAACAGACUUGAAAUGUCAAUACGAUUCAAUGGAACAAGAAGCGACAGAUCUUGCUGAUAUCCUAAAAUUACAGGAACAACGUGCCGCGGAGUCAAUUCGAUUGGCGCAGAUUAAGGAUCCGAAGAUUGAGGAAACUUAUGAUUGGUGGACUUCAAGUGGCCAGACUUACUGUCAAUUAUUAGGCAUAGACGACGGAGAUGUGAAGUUUAACACUACACAAUCAUCAUUUUGA